ACUCAAAUCUACCUAUCCUCCCCUGAUUUGUCACCAUCUGUAUUGGGCCGUGUCACUGAAUGCCUUUCUGCCAUUUCAUCUUGGAUGACAUCUCGCCACCUCAAACUUAAUAUUUCCAAAACAGAAUUAAUUAUAUUUCCACCUGCCAAUAGUAGUUUCCAACCUGAUAUAUCUAUCACUGUUGAGAACUCUGCAAUCACCCCUACCCCACAAGCUCGCUGCCUAGGUGUCAUUCUUGACUCUGAACUGUCCUUUGUUACCCACAUUCAAUCUGUCUCAAGAUCAUGUUACAUACAUCUAAGAAACAUAUCCAAAAUACGCCCUUAUCUUACACAAGACACAGCAAAAACUCUAAUCCAUGCUCUCAUUAUCUCCCGCAUUGAUUAUUGUAAUAGUCUCCUGACCGGUCUUCCCAAACAUAAGCUCUCACCACUACAAUCCAUUUUGAAUGCAGCUGCGAGGCUAAUCUUCCUUGCCAGGCGUUCAUCGUCUGCAGAUCCGCUCUGUCAGUCCCUCCAUUGGUUACCGGUAUUCUACCGUAUUAAAUAUAAAAUACUUUUACUCACAUACAAGGCUAUUAACCAAACUGCACCAACAUACAUCUCUUCACUCAUCUCAAAAUAUCUCCCUACCCGACCUCUCCGCUCUGCACAAGACCUACGCCUCUCAUCCACACGCAUUACUUGUUCACACUCAAAAUUACAGGACUUUAUCCGGGCUUCACCCACUCUGUGGAAUGCCCUCCCACGCACAGUAAGACUCGCCUCUAGUCUCCAAACCUUUAAAUGUUCCCUGAAAACACACCUCUUCAGACAAGCCUAUCAAAUUCCAGACCCACCCACAUAACCUUCAGUGCUUCCCUAUCUAAUUACAUCCUCUGUAGAGUAUUCAUAACAUCACUUAUCAUGUCUUUCUUUAGUCUCACACCCUCCUGACACUUGGAUAACUUUGUGGGGUAUCAUCAUACAACCCAUUAAGAACCUAGCAAU